AUGCUUCCCCUCCUGCUCUCGCCCGCCUCGCUGCUGAUCCCCCUCGCGCCGCACGCGGCCACGACGCUGCUCUCUUCCGAUCCAUUCUCCGACCCCGUUUUCACUGGCGCGGCCCAAGCCAGCCUGCACUGGAACCCAGCGAUGACAGGGAUCGCCUGCUACGCCGCCGGAAUGUGCAUGCUGACCUGGUGGGACGAGAAGGUGCUUCCGAAGCUGCAGCGCGACGGCGUCCUCCCGUACCACAGCGAGGAGGACCGCAUGAUUGACACGCAAAAGAGGCGACGCGAGGCAGCGGCGGCGGCGCGGCCGCUCACUCCUCUCACCGCGGCACGGCAGCCACUUGCAUCCGAGCUGGAUCAAGGAGCAUGCCAUUACAUCGGCACGGUUGACAAUGUGCGUCAGUACGUGUGCGUCCGGCAUGACGACGCCAUCGGCGAUGAGUGUGAGCUGUCGGAUGAGUUCAGCGAGCAGUACGGCAUGCCGGUUGUGAUCUGCAAGAAGGCGGAGGCUGGCGCCGAGGACUUCCUCCCCUGA